AUGGCGUCCGCCAGGCUAUCGCCAACGGCGAACUUAUUGCGGAACUCGCGCCUAUUUGCUCUUCCUAAAACCCUCAAGGGUCCUCAAACCCAGGCAUCUUCGCGAACCGUCAGUGAAUCCGACUCUGCAACUCUGCCUCACCCCAUUCGAGCCGCCAUCGCUACUCCAUCAUCAUCACUAGCCCGAGGCGAUUGGGGCCUGAAACGCCCUCUUCCUGCUAAGUCGACAUCGGAGAAAUCGUCUAGGCCAGUCGUUAGGGUUCAUGCUCUCGACACGUACGAACAUGUCACCGACUUUGAAUCCGCGGCGGACCACACCAUGACCCUUGAAAAGUUCCAGGAGCUCCACAUGCCUAUGUCUCUCCCGUCCAAGGUCAACUACUCGACAACUAUCGUCCCAAGACACUCGAGUCCAUUCGAAACAGACCUCGACAACACCGAGACCAGCGAAGGUCUUCGGGAACCCGGCGCCAAGCAGUUCAGACACACUGGUCCUUGGCUUGCUGGACAAACGGAGUCGGAGUUCCUUGCUUACUUGAAGAAGGUGGCCGUGCAGAAGCCCGAGCUUCUGCAGAAGCUGCGCGAGCAAUUGACUGUCAAGCGCAAUGCCGAACUUCGCAAACAAGCACAGGACAACGGAGAGGACAUUGCAGCCGAGGCGGUCACAAUCAGCGACGCGGAGUUCGAGUCCUACAUCAAGACUUUGCGCAACGAUCCAUUCGCUCUCGGCCCCGUCGUCUUCGAGCUGCUUGACCUCGCCUCGCCUCCUGCCGUUCCCAGCGAGCGCGUCGGACGCAAGUACUUCCAACCUCCCCCCACCAACCUUUCCUCGCCCGAAUACGCCGUCUCAGGACCUCCCAAGACACACCCAUCUGCCGGUCUGUCAUACACCCGAUCACACGCCCUGAUCUACAAUCACCCCAAGUUUGGCCCGCAGACCCACCAGCGCCCCGUCGAGGCCCGUAUCCUGCGACCCAAGGGCAAGUUCAAGGGCAGGAUGUCCCGUGCUACCGCGGGUAUCGGUGGUAUUGCCGUGGAGGACUUGAAUGCCAUGAGCUUCGUUGCGUCAGGCGCACCUCCUGGUCUCACCUACUUCGAUGCGACCAUCAAGGGUGGUGGUAAAUACUGGGUCACUCCCAUCCGCGCCGCCAUGGACAACCAGGGUCGUCUUAACCUUGCAUCCUUCCGCGCCAGUGCGACUGCUAAGGCGCCCUACGGAUUGGAAGAUCACAAGAAGGAGAGUACCCUGACCAUCUCGGAUGUGGCCGACUUCAAUGCCCAGUCAGUGCCUCAGAUGGACAGACGGUCGUUCGGCCAACCCAGGUUCACGCCUCGUGAGCGGAAGCCGCUUUGGGGAGCAGCCAAGGACAAGGAGGAGGUUGCCCGCAGUCUUCUCAACACCCUCAACCCCAGGUGA